AUGUCACAGCGUCUGGGAGCCAGCAUGUUGCGUUCUUCUUUUUCCCGCGUCAUGCGCCCCUCCUUCCAACCAGCCGCGGCUACCCGAUGCCUCUCAACCACCAGGCGACAGGCCUGUGCUAACACGCCUGCUUCCCCCUCAGAUCGCUUCAUGUCCGCCCUGCACCAGAACAAGAACUGGGCCGCGAAGAUUGCCAAGGAGGACCCCCAACUGUUCCCCACGCUCGCCGUAGGUCAGCAGCCCGAGAUCCUGUGGAUCGGGUGCUCCGACUCGCGAUGCCCUGAAACCACCCUGCUGGGCCUUAAGCCCGGCGACGUAUUCGUGCACCGCAACAUCGCCAACGUGCUGCACGCCAGCGACCUCAGUUCGUCGGCCGUGAUCGAAUACGCGGUCAAGCACCUGCGCGUCAAGCACGUAGUGGUGUGCGGCCACACCAGCUGCGGUGGCGUCGCAGCCGCGCUGGACAACAAGCAGCUGGGCAUCCUGGACCCGUGGCUCAUGCCGCUGCGCCAGCUGCGCGAGCAGCACCUGGAACUGCUCAAAUCCCUCUCCACCGACGAGGCCAACCUCAAGCUAGUCGAGCUGAACGUACACGAAGGUGUCAAGACGCUGAAGCAGAAGAGCGUCGUGCUGGACGCCAUCCAGGAGCGGGGCCUGCGCGUCCACGGCCUGAUCUAUGAUGUCGGCAGCGGCAUGCUCCGCGAGCUGGAUACCAACGAGCCCGAGGAGGCCAUCAAGGCGCGUCUCACUUCGUUCAAGACCGAUGUCUAG